AUGUACGUGUAUAAUGGGAUUCAGUGCAUAUUUUGUGGGAUAUGUUGCUCUGUCACGUUUGACAAGUUGGAUCCUAUGUUUAUGGGUGUGGCAUUUUCGUGGGUUGGGCUGAAGGCUUAUUUGUCUGUGAUCGUAGGUAUGGAAGGGAGUUUGAUGUUGCUGUGUUCUUAUCAGAACAUUAACACAGCCUACAAUCUCCGAGAUCAUGGCACGUUUGCCGACUUCAUCGAUUUUCUGUGUUCGAAGUUCAGCGGGAUAGGUCCCCGUAAUGUGGGAUUAUCGUACAACAUUCUAGGUUUAAAGAGUCUUACUUUACAAGAUGAUGUGGAUUUGGGAAACCUUGUUAUUCUUGCCCAAUCGUUCGGGUUGCAACACGUUUGUGUGUUGGUUGAACAGCACGGAAGUUGCGGUGUAUCCGUCCGGACAUCAAAUCAUCCAAGGGUUGGAUCUGAUAUGGUUGCUGACAUUAUCGCAGCUCGUGUUCGGGACAGACCACUCAUACGUUCAACUGAUGUCAUCUUAGAUUUGAAAGACGAUUACGGGUUGGACGUCAACUACCGGGUUGCGUGGUUAGGGGUUGAGAAGGCAAUGGGGGAAUUGUUUGGCGCGCAUUCUGUAUCAUUCGACCAACUGCGUUGGUAUUGUGAAGCCGUCAUGCAAUACAAUCCUGGGAGUUAUGUUGACACCGAUUACGAUGAACACAACUACCGUUUCUGCCGUUUUUUUAUAUCAUUCAAAGCAUGCAUUGAUGGUUUCCUUCAUUGUCGUCCAUUACUUUUCCUCGACGGAACCUUCUUGAAAGGCAGGUUCAAAGGGUUUCUGCUAGCUGCCACCGCAAAGGACGGUAAUCAAGGUUUGUUCCCGCUUGUUUAUGCCAUUGUGGACUCUGAAAACAAUGUGAAUUGGGGAUGGUUCUUACAACAUCUUGCCAACGUGGUACCCAGUGACAGGACAAUCACUUUUGUGUCUGAUCGAAACGACAAACUACGAUAUGUGAACAGCAUGCAUCGGAUUGGACUGGUCAGCAAAUUCUGUAAGUGCGCAUACGCACCCACCAUAACAACAUUUAACCAAAAGGCCGACAAAUUUCAAAAAUCUGGAAAAACCAUUGCUACGAAAUUCCUUGCGGAUGCACAUCCACAACACUGGGCGAACGCGUUUUUCAAAGGUAGAAGAUACGGCGAAAUAAGCUCUAACGCCGCCGAGUCAUUCAAUUCUUGGAUUCGAGAAGCACGGUAUUUACCAAUCACCAGAAUGGUUGACAGCAUCAAGGGUCACAUUAUGCGACAAAUGUCGAAGCGGAUGGUAUCAGCCCACACAUGGACUGGCGCAAUUUGUCCUAAGAUGGAAUCCCGGCUGGAAAAAGAUUACAACAAAAGUCGGGCGUGGAAAGUGAGUCAAGCGAAUAACGACGUGUACGAGGUCCAUUCAUUCCCUUUUGUUAUGGUGGACAUCGGCAGACGUACAUGUUCGUGUUUCCAGUGGCAAAUAAACGAGUUUCCAUGUGCGUAUGCUAUUGUUGCAGUGCGAAAAAGUGGAAAAAACCUUGACGACAUAGUUAUACCUUGGUACCAUGUGUCCAAAUACCGUCUGACAUAUGCGCCCACCAUCUACCCAAUACCAACUGUGGAAAAACCACCAUUCAGCCCCACCAACUACAUCAUUUACCCACCAAAUGUCAAACAUCUGCCUGGGAGGCCGAAAAAGAAGAGAAUACCGUCUAAAAGUGAGAAUGUGCAACAAAUACGGUGUGAAAGGUGUAGUUAUAUGGGAAACCACAAUAGGAAGACUUGCAAAGAACCCAUUUAG